UUCCCUCUCCAAACUCCAAAACUCAGACUUCUCGUCUCAAUUUCUUUGUGCAGCURCGAGCUCGUCAUUCGACUGUGCCAGAACUCAGAAGAGAUAUUCGCAUCCACUGCGAGAGAGAGAGAGAGAGAUUGCAGGGAGAGAAGAAUUCGAAGAUGAGCCCGAGAAAAGGAGAGAAGAAGGAUGCCUUCCAUGUUAUUCACAAAGUUCCUUCCGGCGACAGCCUUUAUGUUCGAGCUAAGCACGUUCAGCUAGUUGACAAAGAUCCAGAAGCGGCAAUUGUUUUGUUCUGGAAGGCUAUUAAUGCAGGAGAUAGAGUAGAUAGUGCUCUCAAGGACAUGGCAGUGGUGAUGAAGCAGCAAGAUAGGGCUGAAGAGGCCAUCGAAGCUAUCAAGUCCUUUAGAGAUCGCUGCUCAAAACAAGCACAAGAAUCACUAGAUAACGUCCUCAUAGACUUAUAUAAGAAAUGCGGGAGAAUAGACGAGCAGAUUGAACUGCUGAAGCAAAAGCUACGAAUGAUUUAUCUAGGAGAGGCCUUCAAUGGCAAACCCACCAAGACAGCUCGCUCCCACGGCAAGAAAUUCCAGGUGUCAAUCAAGCAAGAGACAUCCAGGAUACUGGGCAAUCUAGGUUGGGCUUAUAUGCAGCAAACAAAUUAUGUGGCAGCUGAGGUGGUGUACACGAAAGCCCAGCUGAUAGAUCCUGAUGCCAACAAAGCCUGUAAUUUGAGCCUCUGUUUAAUGAAGCAGGGCCAAUAUGAUGAGGCCCGGUCUAUCCUAGAAGAUGUGCUGCAAGGUAGACUGUGUGGAUCCGAUGACAGCAAGUCAAGGAACCGUGCAGAGGAACUGCUGCAGCAACUGGAACUGGAAGCACAGCGGUCAGCACCUUUGUUAGACACAACUUUGGGUCGCCGGGUAGAGGAACUGCUGCAAGAACUAGAGUCAGAUGGCUAUGUCCAAGGGUUAGACAAGUUGAUGAACAAGUGGGGUCCAUCUAGAGCAAGGAGACUACCCAUCUUUGAAGAGAUCUCUCCAUAUAGGGAUCAGCUUGCUUGUUGAGUUGAGGCCAGAGGGUGGGUAGAAUAGAAUAUAGAAUUUAUUUUAGAUAGAGGGGGUACUUGUGUAAAUAUAGGGCAUGUGGAGAUUACUCUGUGCAAUCAGACAUGCAGGGUACCCUUUGUUCUUACCACAAGACGAGAAAAAAAAAAAAACCCUAAAAAGUAGAGGCGGAUGGUUCUAGUUGGUGCUGGUAAUUGUGAUUGAUUCUAUCUUUGCGUAGUAUUUCUGGGUCCAGUGAUUAAGAAAAGCCAGAAACUGGGCUGAAAUAAUCGGAUACCUAAUCCAAGAUCCAAGGGGCUUGGUCCCUCUGGUUUACCAUUUUUUUAAUAAAAAAAUAUUUAAUCCUUGUAUUUAGAUGAUAAGCCAAAAGAAUAUUACAGAGUGAUGAGAGUAGGGUCAGCCACAACCAUGAACCAUCCAAACUAGUUUAUAUAAUUGGCCAUAUAAUACAAGACCCACAAAGCAAAUUAAACUAUCAA